CAUGCUCAAACAGAAGAUUAUCUGGGAACGCCAAGUGCAACGGAUUGUGGACUUCGACGCGAGCGAUAUAGUGCGCCCAUUUAAUUCUCAGAGCCACACGUGGAAGCUGAAUCUCGACGUGCUGGACGAAGCCCAAGCCGAGAAAGAACUUGGAUUCCGUCGCUUGACCGACAUGGAUUUUACACGAAUCAUCUUGGACAAUAAGCGCGGCACCCGUCAUGUUGAAAAUCGACUACUCCAGACGGCGAGCAGCACACGUUCCCACCGCAUGCAAGCUUUUGGCUGGGAUAUUAUACAGCGAAUCGAAGGCGGUGUGAUGGAGUUCGUAUUCACGAAGAAAUUUUCAGGACUUAAUGUCCACGAAAUCUUGCAGACAACAUUGGCGAAUGACCUGGAGCUUGAAUUGUGCAGGAAGAUUAAAGCGGAGACGCUGCGUCUGCAAGUUAUCCAGCAGCUGGGUCCAAACGCUUUUGUGUUCGUACACGACGUGUCCUCCACCGGCGAUAUCGGUAUCUUCAGGUCGGUCGUCGCACGGUUUUUAAUUGAAGACACCAGAGAGUUCCAGCUGAACACGUCUGCUUUGAGCAAGUCUAGUGGUUUGGUUACUGGGAAUGGCUAUGUAUUGGGCACCCACAGUGUUAUCACUGACAAAGCGCAGCAUUUGUCAGAUGAAGAGUUGUCUGGAAGGCUCGCAUGGGCCGACGUUUCUCUGUCCGUCGGGAUAUACGACGUGGUCGACCCGACUACAGGUGAGACGUACCAGUACGUGUGUUGGGCAGGUCGAACAGAUUAUUGCAGCGAGGAACACGCUCAACGUAACGCCUCUGAUACAGUACAAUGCAUGCUGCGCUGGGAGAUGUUAGUGAUCGCACCGGCACUCAAUCUUGUCUCAACUAGUAAUUAAAUGUGGAGAAAAUUAUACGGGGUUACCAGUACGCAGCAAUGGAAGCUACUCAAACAGUUAUCACUUAUGUAAAUCCGGAAAACUAAUGAUGCACUUUGCAAGGCGAAGUUCUGAAUACUUA